AUUCAAAUGAGUUGUUGUGGUUUCCAAGUGGAUCAUUUUUUGCGUGAUCCCUAUUCAACAGUCAAAAUCAUCUUACCAGCAGCAGCAGUACAAGCACUUGCACAUUGUAAAGUAUGGAAUAACACAGCUUCCCGAGCAUUAGCCGUGGGUGUCCUGGUAACGACGAUGGGUCGAUUGGCCCUCAAUGUGCAUUUAAGUUGGGUGGAAGGUCCAAUCCUUCGUCAUCUACCUUUUUUAACGGAUAAUCAGCAAUUGAUGUUGAAGGAUUAUCGUAUGAGUAUGAUUAGCAAGUUGGAUGUGGUGAGUGCCAUGGUAUCUUUAGAUAUUUUUUAUAUUUACUACAAUAGACCAGGUGUCAAUGUUCCUCCUUGUGUCACCACAUUGAUGGUAGUACCCGCUGCGAUAACCGCUCUUCAAGGCAUCUGUCUUUUGCCCAACUAUCACCGUCAAGUGGCCCGUGUUCAUGAUGGCAAAUCUUCCGCUGCCGAUUUAUUGGCUGAUUCAUCCUUUGUCAACCGUCAUCGUGUCUUCCUCGGCCUUGAUUUCCUUAAGGUAUCCUGUCUUGCCCUUGCUGGAUUACGUUUCUCUUGCAUGCUUUCAAAAUAGAUAAAUGAAAUAAUAGUAUCAAUUUAAUGAUGAUA